AUGGCGUUGGAUCUUGAUCUCUCUCUUUCACCUCAUACUAAAUCUUCAAAUUUGAGGUUUGGGUUUGACCUCAACAAGCAUUGCGCGAUUGAGGCUGUUGCAUCAUGUUUGAAUACGAAACAAACACGUUUUGAGUCGAUCUUUGGGUUGAAGAAUAUGGAAGAAGAUUGUUAUGUGUCAAAACCAUGUUUGUAUUCUGACAAUGGCCAACAAGACGAGGAAGAUGAGGAUCAUUUGGAAUCCAACUCUUCUAUUGUUGAAGAUGAGGAGGAAAAUAAAGAAGUCGUGGGGUGGCCACCAAUAAAGUCAUGUAUGACAAAGUAUCAUAGUUAUCGUCAUCAUAGUCGUCAUCAUAGUCGUAAUCACCCAUAUCACCAUCAUGGUAGGAGGAUCAACAUAUCCAAUCCAAUGGCUACAAUUGAAAGAGUUCGAUCAUCAUCAUCGUCAUCAAGAUCAUCAAUGUAUGUUAAGGUGAAGAUGGAUGGUGUGGCAAUAGCUAGAAAGGUGGACAUCAAGCGUUUCAACUCUUACAACUCUCUCACUAAUUCCUUGAUCACCAUGUUUAGUCAAUACCAAGAUUGUGAUAGAGAAGAUAUAAGAUACAAACUCACCUUCCAGGGGAAAGAUGAUGGCUGGCUAUUACCAGGAGUUGUUCCAUGGAAGAUCUUUGUUGAGUCUGUUCAUCGAAUAUCAAUAAUUAGAGAUUGUCCGUGUGCAUAUACACGACUAUUGUUUUAAGGAUAAAAUAACUAAUUAAAGUGUCUACAUGA